AUGUCAGCAACAUCAGACUCAUCUUUUCUGGCAAGAUAUAACUUCAAAGUACGGAAACAAAUUGGUGAAGGAUCAUUUUCCAAGGUUUACUUGGUCAAAUUAGGAAAUGAAGAUGGAAGUUCAAUCACGAUCGCAACAAAAGUGAUCAACAAGAACCGCGUUUCCCCUAGGUUCGUGGAGAAGUUCUUGCCUCGUGAACUUGAUUUGUUGGUCAAACUGAAGCAUCCGUAUAUUGUGCAGGUGCAUAGCGUGUUACAGAACGGAUACAAGAUCUUCAUAAACAUGGAGUACGCGGAGAACGGUGACCUGUUCACAUACCUCCAGCAUAAGACCUUGGAGGAGCCGCAGAUACGUUCGUGGUUUAUGCAGAUCUUGUAUGCGUUCAUGUACAUGCAUAGGAUGGGCGUAGUCCACAGGGACCUGAAGUGCGAGAACAUACUGCUGACGCGCAAUUACAACGUGCGUAUAACCGACUUCGGGUUCGCCAGGUUCGUAGACCUGGGACGUAAUCCUGGCGUGGACACGGCGUGUGGCACAAUGCUCUACUCGUCCCCCGAGCUAUUGUCAGGACAACGACCAUACAACCCGGUGCUCGUGGACGUGUGGGCGAUAGGUAUCGUGCUGUACACGAUGACCAACAACAAGGAGCCGUUCCGAGACAAGAACAAGAGGGCAAUGCUCAAGAAACAGUUGGCUAAGAAAUAUUCAUUCCGGAGCUCAAUGAUUCGAAGUAGACGACUGAAAGAUUUGAUUGCAACAUUCCUGGAGCCAGACUGCGAUAAUCGAACAACAUUAAAGGAUGCUUUGCAACAUCCUUGGAUCAAAGAAGGCAAUAUCAAAAUACCAGAGGAUGUGGUCAUGGCAAAUGAUUCAAAUAGACCCAUUUUAAAAAACAGUCCAGUAAUCACGCGGCAAUCAUUAAGAGAGCCUGGAUAUCGUUACCAGUUAGCAAAAUACGAAAAAACGAAUAGCGUCAUUAACAAACGGUUUGCCGUAUUAAAGAAAAAAUAA